AAAUGAUUAAAUUUUAAAAUUAUAGUAUUCAAAAAGGACCGAAAUCUGGUAUACUGAAGAAAAAAAAAGAAACCAUUACUACACAAAUGUCUAUUGACAACCCAAAUUACUCAUUUAAUUUCGAUACUUACGAGCAAGGUCAAAAUUGUUCAAUGCCGAAUAUUAUUUUAAAUCAAUUUUUCGACAUUCCUGGCGAUGGAAAUUGUCUUUUCUAUUCUUUAAUUAAAGUAAUGAACUUAUCAAUUUCCUCGCUAGAACUAAGAAAGCUACUCCUACAAUCAGAAUAUUUGCACACAUGCCAAAGUCCAUCUAGUGCUCAGACAAUAUUAAGUAGUGCAUCUGAGUAUGGAGAUUUGGACUGCAUAUUUAUUUUUUCAAAAGAAUACAAUCAAAACAUCUGCGUGCACUUUCAUUUUUUUAACAGCGUCUCUAAAAAAUCAGAUGUCAUAUUUUGUCAUUUUAAAUCAAAUUAUUCAUCAAAUUUCAUUCAUCUGCAUUUACAAAACAACCAUUUCACACCAUACAUUGAAGUAGGCCAAUUUAUUUCGAACGAUAGAGUUAAUGAUCAUGAAAUGGUUGAUCUAUCUAUUGAAACAGAUUUAAAUAGUGUUAACAACGAUGAUGAUAAUGUAGAUUGCGAAAACAAUGACGAUGGCAAUAAUAACGACGAAGAAAACAUGCCAAUUGACGAAGCUACAGUUACUUUACCAAUUUACACACGCUAUUAUGAACAUGCGAAUGGUCACUUACAAUUUCACCGUAAAUUUAAAAACAAUUCUUUCGGACAUUCCUGUGCUGUUUGUAAUAGGCUUUGGUGGAAAGGUGAUCUAAAGAAUACGACUGAUGCUCAUGCAGAUAUUCUACAGAAUAUAUUGCCGAAUUUUAAUAUUGGUUCCACUUUUAAAAUCUGUUCAACGUGUAGAAGUGCUUUAGACAAGGGAAAAAUCCCAUUAUUAUCAACGUACAACGGUUUUUCAUACCCAAAAAUUCCACUUCAUUUGCCUAAAUUAAAUAUUAUUGAACAGCGGCUAAUUUCACCAAGAAUACCAUUUAUGCAGAUACGGAGAUUGAGGCACAUGAAUGGACAGUAUGGUAUUUAUGGACAAAUAAUUAAUGUUCCUGUUAAAGUUGAUACUAUGGUAAAGCAGUUACCCAGAAAUCUCGAAGAUGAUCAUUGUUUUUAUGUUCAUUUAAAAAAAAAAUUAAUUCAUAAAAGCAGCUACGUCCAUGGGCUAGUUAGUAAAAAGAACAUCAAAGAAUGGUUAUCUUAUUUGGUAAAAACACCACUUUACAUUCAUGAAAAUAUUACCAUCAGUGAAGCAUUUCUGAAUAAUUAUUCAGAUACUGAAAUUAAUAAUGAUAUUUCAAUUGAAGAAUACAGUGAACAUGUUCCAAUUGAAGAUAAUCUGACUGCUCAGCAACAAACUAUGUUAUGGAAUGAAGAUGAAAUGUUACUAAUGGCACCAGGCGAAAAAAGUGCCCCAAAAAGUCUUUUAUUUGACCAGUAUGCUGAAGAGCUUUCAUACCCUACGAUUUAUGGUGGACAGUUCAGAAAUUAUAAAGAGGGAUGCAAUGUAACUUCUUUUAUGCAAGCUACCAGCGAACUACGACGUGCAGAUCGCCGUGCCACAGACCCUCAACAUCUUUUGUAUGUAGCAGCAAAAAUUAUGAGACAACGAGUUAGCAGCUCUGUAAACGUUGCUUUUAAACAUGUUGGAAGCAAUACUAAAAUUACUAAAGCAGACAUUCAAUCUGAAGAAUACAUUAAUUGUUGUAUAGAAAGUAAUCUCGCAUUUCUUCGAUGUAUACCAAACUCUGCUUGGUAUUGGACUGAACGGAAAAAAGAACUUUUUGCUAUGAUUAGGCAAUUAGGAGCACCGACUGCUUUCAUGACACUUAGUGCAAAUGAAACAGGAUGGACAGAUUUACUAAAAAUACUAUAUAAACUUAAAAAUAAUGGAGUGGAUAUUUGUGAUGAAUUUUUAUCAAAAAUGUCUUAUGUACAAAAAGCUGAACUAGUUAAUGAAGAUGCAAUUACUUGUGCUAUUUAUUUCAACAAGCUAGUAAAUUGCCUAAUGAGUAUUUUACAAAGUAAAAGAGGCAAUCCAUUUGGUAAAUAUAGAGUGUGUCAUUUUUUUAAACGUAUUGAAUUUCAACAUCGAGGAAGUCCACAUGCUCAUAUACUUUUAUGGUUUGAUAAUGCGCCUGAAGAUUUACUAAAUAACACUCGAGAUUUUAUCGAAAUGGUAGACUCAUUAAUUUCGGUAUCUGAAUCAGAGGCAUCCGGAAAUAUUAAAUUACAAACACACAAACACACUUUUACAUGUUACAAAAACAUGAAUCCUUUAUUACCGCGGAAAAAUCAAGGCUUAAAUGAAGAAAAUCCUUUAUUUAUAGAGUUGAAUAUACAAAAUCAUCGUUAUUAUGUUCAAGAUGAAGUGUUGUGUCCAUUUGCAUUUGAUUUUUAA